AUGGAAGGAGAUGCACAGCUACAAUCCACUUCGUCAUACAGAGAUGGAGAAUUUGUCGUUUAUACCCGGAGAUGGUUUAUGUUACUUGUCAUCUGUUUGGCAAAUGUUGGCAAUGCAAUGAUGUGGAUAUCUUUUGCAUCAGUAGCCGAUGUUACCGCAGAAUUUUACAAUGUCACCUCCUUUCAAGUUGAUUUCCUAUCUUUGACCUACAUGAUUGCAUUCCUGGUAAUCGGUUUAUUUUCGUCCUGGCUUAUAGAUACAUGGGGCCUACGGAUAGGUGUUUUAUUCAGUGUUUAUGUCACUUUAAUUGGCGCAGUAAUCAGAAUCUUGAGUGGACUCUCUUUUGUAAAUAAGAGAUACAAAUAUUCUGUAGUUAUGAUAGGACAAACCUUAGGUGCAAUUGCUCAACCAUUCUUGUUGGAAUCACCAACAAAACUAGCGGCAUUGUGGUUUCCUGGCAAUCAACGAGCUAUCGCUAACACUCUAAGUACAAUGUCAAACCCCUGCGGAAUCCUUCUGGCGAAUGCUCUUUCUCCUGUCAUAGUUACUAGUACAAAUAAGUUACCGUUAAUGCUUGAACUGUAUACGAUUAUACCGGCAAUAGCUGUUAUUCUAGCUACUUUAGGAUUUUGUGAGAAUACCCCGCCGAGACCACCUAGCUCAUCAGCUGCAGAAGUUGGGGAACCUUUCUUUGACGGCUUAAAAUUGGUAUUCCAGUCUCGAUCUUAUAUUGUUUUAUUCAUAUGUAUGGGAGUUGGAAUCGGCAUAUUUAGUGCAUUGAGUACCGUUAUCGAACAAGUUCUCUGCGUUCGCGGUUAUAGUAAUGAGUUCUCUGGGCUUUGCGGUGCCCUUAUGAUUGGAUGCGGCUUAAUCGGAGCGCUUCUCAGCGGCGUAUAUGUAGAUCGAACUAAAAAGUUUAUCGAAACCGCGAAGGUCUUGAUAUGUUGCGCUACCUUCACCUUAAUAGCAUUUUCUAUGAUCACCCGAUUUCGGGGCUUACCUGCUCCAACUAUACUAUGUAUAUGUCUUUUCGGAGCAUUUGCAUUUGGACUUCUUCCAGUCGGUCUAGAAUUAGCUGUGGAAUGUACUUACCCUGUAGCGGAAGCAACGAGUUCUGGUCUUCUAUGGAUGUCGGGGCAAAUUUUUGGAAUUAUUUGUAUCGUAUCUUCUCAGGCUGUAUCUACGCCACUUCCUGUGGCUGAAAUACCUUACUCUAACUGCGCUAAUAGUACGGCUAAUAGAGACAGUGGACCUCUUGAUAUGACAUGGUCAUUGCUAUUUAUGUCCUCAUUUGCUGUAAUCGCAUCAUGUUUGCUAGUAGUACUUUUUCAUACACCUUAUAAACGGUUAAAUGCUGAAAAAAAAUAUGGAGAAGAGUAUGGUUGUUGA